GCGCUACAAUCGUUACGUUGCGGCGCUAAAAUGCAACUUUAGAACCACUCUGUGUGGACAGCGCAACGUCUGUCAACCUGCAACAGAGGUAUGCUCCGCUCUCUCACACAAAGUAUCCAUUGUUGAACUGCUGUGUAUUGAUGAAAAGUGUCUAUAGAGUCUCAGCCUUGUGUAGCCUACGCAAUGGGAACGAAAUAACUCUCUAGAAAGGUAUUUGAGUGUAUUUUCAGUCAUGGUUUGGACGGCGGACACAUGGCCAUGUUUUUACGCACGAUCCAUUCUAGGACUGAGAGGAUAGGGCAUGUUUUAGUAUCUUAUGAUUACUAUGUUCCCUGCUGGUCAUAAUAUUCUAGUAAUUGAACGGUGCAUUUAUUUAGAUAUCACUUUGCACUUGAUUGAAUAUACAUUUGAAAAAGUAUAGCUGCAAAGUAUUGCAUUUUUACUGAACCGAUUUAUGUUCACAUUUAAUCUGGUGUUCAUGUCGUGGACUCUGAGGGCCGCUGUUGAUCAGUGAAAUAAUUUCUGUCCAGUAUUGUCAGUCAGUGGCGUCCCCUCCCCUAUCACUGCGCUUUAUCAGAGGAGAGGGAGAGACUCUGCGCUUCAUACGAGGUGGGGCGCGGAAGAGACACACUUGCUCUGGUACUUGUAGAUUACAAAUACCAUAGAACUGUUAAAAUAGCCUGGAUUAAGAUAAUAUCUCGUUUAUUACUCUCCCCUUAACUCGCCGUUUCAGAUCUGGUAUAAGGAAUAUUUUUGUUGGAUUUAUUGUAUUCUUGGAUAUGGCUUCUGAAGGAUUCCUUCAACCUAUAUGCGUAAGAUGGCGUUUAUGUGGACUGCGGUGGCAAGUAUUUCUUUUUCUCCUGUCAUUCUGUCAUAUUGUCAGUGGACAAAUACGGUAUUCCAUUCCGGAGGAGAUGAAGAAAGGUUCUCUUAUCGGUAACGUAGCUCAAGACCUGGGGUUAGAUCUGAAAAGGCUCCGAGCGGGCCGGGCCCGUAUCGUAUCCGGAGAAAGCAUUCAGUACACAGAGCUGCAGACAGACAAAGGGAUUCUAGUCGUGAGUCAGAGAAUAGACCGAGAGCAGCUUUGUGGUGAUAUCACACCGUGUAGCUUCAGCUUCGAAAUUAUUCUAGAACAUCCGUUGGAGCUACACCGCGUGACUGUAGAAAUUAUAGAUGUAAAUGACCAUGCCCCUGCUUUUUCAAAGAGGGAUAUACAAUUUGAAAUUAGCGAGUCCGCUACCUUAGGCUCCCGUUUUACGUUGGCUACUGCCGAGGAUCCUGAUGUAGGGUUAAACGCCCUGCAGAAUUACUUCUUAACCACGAAUGAUAAUUAUGUUUUAAAACAACACGAGAAACCGGACGGUAGUAAAUAUGCUGAGAUGGUGCUCCAGAAACCGUUAGACAGAGAGGAGCAUCCUCGUCUCUCUUUAAAGCUAAUCGCUGUAGACGGUGGAAAUCCGCAGAGAUCUGGCACAGUAAAUAUAGAGAUCUCUGUCCUAGAUGUUAAUGACAAUGCGCCCGUGUUUAACCAGUCAGUGUACAGGGCUACUGUGAUGGAAAACGCACAGAAAGGCACAUAUAUUACCACCGUAAAUGCCAGCGAUGCAGACAGUGGUUCAAACGGUGUUGUUGCGUAUUGCUUCUCCAACCUCAAAAAACAUUUAGCUGACAUUUUCAAUAUAGACGAAACAACAGGCACAAUAUCAGUUGCGGGGGAAAUAGAUUAUGAGAAAGAUAAGAAAUUUGAAAUGAGGGUAGAGGUGAAGGAUCAAGGUGGUUUAACAGACUCCAGUGAAGUUGUUAUUGAAGUUGUUGAUGUUAAUGACAACGAACCAGUUAUAAACGUCAUGUCCUUCUCCAGCCCUGUAUCUGAAAAUGCUACUCCUGGCACCACAAUUGCUAUUAUAAAUGUUAAAGACGCUGAUUCAGAGAGAAACGGACAGAUUACUUGCUCUAUAAAUACUAACCUUCCAUUUAAAAUUCAGUCUUCGUUAAGUAGUUAUUAUAAUUUGAUCUCAGACGGAGCUUUAGACAGAGAAACGACACCAGAAUACAACAUCACCAUAACAACGACAGAUUCUGGUUCUCCUCCCCUCUCCAGCACCAGGACAUUACACCUUAGAAUCUCUGACGUAAACGACAACGCCCCAUUGUUUCGUCAGAGCUCAUACUCUGCUUACGUCACAGAGAAUAACUCUCCUGGAAUGUCCAUAUUUACUGUCAGCGCGCGGGACUCUGACUGGAAUCAGAACGCUAGAGUCUCGUACCUCUUGGAGGACACGCAGAUCAGUGGAACUGCAGUCUCUACUUAUAUAUCCAUAAACUCAGAAACUGGAGUUUUACAUGCGGUUCGUUCCUUUGAUUAUGAACAAAUUAAACAGCUUACACUCGUGGUUAAGGCGCAAGACGGAGGCUCUCCUCCACUCAGUAGUAAUGUGACUGUCACCAUCUUCAUCCAAGAUCAGAACGACAACGCUCCUCAGGUUCUGUACCCAGUCCAGACUAGCAGCUCUCUGGUGGCUGAAAUAGUGCCUCGUUCAGCAGAUGUGGGAUAUCUUGUCACUAAAGUGGUGGCUGUUGAUGUGGACUCUGGACAGAAUGCCUGGCUCUCCUAUAAACUGCAGAAAGCGACAGACAGGGCGCUGUUUGAAGUGGGCUUACAGAAUGGAGAAAUAAGAACUAUACGCCAAGUCACUGAUAAAGAUGCUGUGAAACAAAGACUCACUGUUGUAGUGGAGGACAACGGGCAGCCCUCUCGUUCAGCUACAGUCAAUGUUAACGUGGCGGUGGCGGACAGCUUCCCUGAAGUGCUCUCGGAGUUCACUGACUUUACGCACGACAAGGACUACAACGACAACCUGACUUUUUACUUAGUCUUGGCUUUGGCUGUAGUCUCAUUUCUGUUCAUCACAUGUUUAGUGGUUAUUAUAUCAGUGAAAAUAUACAGAUGGAGACAGUCUCGCGUCCUCUAUCAUUCCAAUCUCCCUGUUAUUCCGUAUUAUCCACCGCGUUACGCAGACACUUUGGGGACAGGAACUCUGCAGCACGUGUACAAUUACGAGGUGUGCAGGACGACUGACUCCAGAAAGAGUGACUGUAAGUUCGUCAGACCCUGUAGUCAGAACGUACUGAUAAUGGACCCCAGUUCUACCGGGACGAUGCAGCGGAUGCAGAGCGAACAGAACAUCCUGGAAGAACCAGACUCCCCAUUAGAGCAAAAGCCUCCUAACGCCGACUGGCGCUUCACCCAAGGCCAGAGACCUGGACCCAGUGGAGCUGGAGGCCCCCCUGAAAUGACCAUGGGAACCGGACCCUGGCCCAACCCCCCCACCGAGGCUGAGCAGCUCCAAGCCCUGAUGGCCGCUGCCAACGAAGUGAGCGAGGCGACCGCCACCCUGGGGCCGGGCACCAUGGGUCUAAGCACCCGUUACAGCCCCCAGUUCACCCUGCAGCACGUGCCCGACUACCGUCAGAACGUCUACAUCCCUGGCAGCACGGCCACCCUGACCUCCAAUCCCCAGCAGCAGCAGCAGCAGCAGCAGAUGCUGAUGCAGCAGCAGAUGGCAGCCCAACAACAGGCCCUGCAGGCCCAGCCCUCUGAGGCCUCGGCUCAGCCUGAACCCCCCAAGGCUGCCCAGACCCCCGCCUCCAAGAAGAAGUCCACCAAGAAGGAGAAGAAGUAGGAUGGAUGGAAGUAGGAACGAUGAAUGGAUAGAUAUGGAGUACAGGAUGAGAAGAGAACGACCCGAUGAGAACUAAAAUGUAACCACAGGAGGCUGCUGAGGGGAGGAAUGCUCGUAAUGAAGUUGCCUCAUUCCUCUCCAGCCAUUACCACAGGCCUGUCCUCCCCAAUUAAAGUGCCACCAACCUCCUGUGAAUUCAACCCUCCCUCACCCCCACUUUUCCACACAAUGCGUUUACUCUAACCAUGGUUGGAAUUGUAUUGGUCAUGCUCAUAUGAUAACACAAAAUAUGGAGAUGGUUUGGGAAUGUUUGUUUUUGGGCUCUUGAAUCUGGAAAGGGUUGACGGUUUAAGAGUGAACAGCAUGGACAUCUUGUUUUUGUUUUCUUUCUGAAGGCUAGUUAGAAACGGUUGUUUUUGUUUUCUUUCUGAAGGCUAGUUAGAAACGGUUAUUUUUGUUUUCUUUCUGAAGGCUAGUUAGAAACGGUUGUUUUUGUUUUCUUUCUGAAGGCUAGUUAGAAACGGUUAUUUUUGUUUUCUUUCUGAGGGCUAGUUAGAAACGGUUAUUUUUGUUUUCUUUCUGAGGGCUAGUUAGAAACGGUUGUUUUUGUUUUCUUUCUGAAGGCUAGUUAGAAACGGUUGUUUUUGUUUUCUUUCUGAAGGCUAGUUAGAAACGGUUAUUUUUGUUUUCUUUCUGAGGGCUAGUUAGAAACGGUUGUUUUUGUUUUCUUUCUGAAGGCUAGUUAGAAACGGUUAUUUUUGUUUUCUUUCUGAUGGCUAGUUAGAAACGGUUAUUUUUGUUUUCUUUCUGAAGGCUAGUUAGAAACGGUUAUUGUUUUCUUUCUGAAGGCUAGUUAAAAACGGUUAUUUUUGUUUUCUUUCUGAGGGCUAGUUAGAAACGGUUAUUUUUGUUUUCUUUCUGAAGGCUAGUUAGAAACGGUUAUUUUUGUUUUCUUUCUGUUUUUGGAAAGCCUGUUUUCUGUUCUACUCAACAGCAAAGUAUUAAUGAUAUUUCCUGGUAAGGAAGACUGGAGUUGGAGGGGGGUUUGGUCAUGAAUUUGGAUUCACUUCAGACAACAGAUUGAGUGUAAGAAACCUUGCUGGGGUAACAAGGUUCACCCACUGACGUAUUCACAGGUUGAUAUUUUAACCAUGUUCCCUAAGAUGUUUCAUGUUGGAUUUGUAAUUCUUUAUUUUCCUGAUUUGGAAAGUAGAUCAGUGUUGACUAUACUAGUUUGCCAUGCUCAGAUUCCUAUAUAGCAGUUCUUAAACCAAUCUGUGCGGCACCUAGUUGAAAAUGAAAAUCCCAACAUGACCCUCGAGCCUCCACCGCUAUAUAGGAUCAGCCUCAUAGGAUCCUACACCACAGCUCUUUGGAACACAAGGGUAUCCUGUCCACUGGUAGUGUUCUACUCCUCUGCAUGUUCCUAUAGCUUCAAACCACAGACCUUCUAGAAGAUUCAACAAUGCGUUGCUUAAGUGUUGCAAAGAGGAUGACCACCUUAACUCCUCUCCCAAAAAUACUGGUUGAUAAAUGCACUUGUAGCAUUUAUCUGACGUGGUAGAGAAAAGUUAUAUGAUUUUGUAAGCAUUAGUUAAAUGGUAAGAUUAGAAUCUUUUGUUGUUUUUAUGACCUUAGCGUGAACCCUAUUAGAGGGCUGAGGGGGAGGGGCAUGUUAUAGUACUAUCAUCAGCCCUAUUGGCUGGCUUGGUGACAUAGUAGGCACUGCCCCUUUUUUAAAACACCAUAGAUGGGCAUAGAGACCACCUGCUGUCCCAUUAUGCCCCCUCCCCUCACUGGCUAUCCCACUUCAACCAUAGGAGAUCACUGUUCAUACUAUAAAGAUGAGCUGUAGGGUAAAAAGCCCUUCACAGGAGGGCACAAGUAGAGAUCUUUAACAAAUUGCUUAGAAGUUACACUUCUUAGGUCACUAGGCUCCAGAUUGCUAUGUAUCCUGAAGUGCAGAGGAUUCUAUUUCUUGACGUGAUAAGAUAGGUUUUUUGACGACUCAGUAGUAUAAGAGUUGUUUAGAAGAUAAGUAUGAAGUAUUUCCUUUGCCGCCAGUCCGUCCGUCAACUGGUUAGACACCACUGCAUGAAGAGGCAGCAUGGAGGCAGGGUUCAAGGGGGAGUGGAAAGGGAUGGGGUACGACGUCUGGGUUGGUACCAUUAGAUUGACGGGUAGGGGGGCAAUGACCUUGGCUCUACUCACUGAAUGUACAUAGGCAAGGUCCACCCCUAAACUUCCUCUAAUGCACUGACCCAGGUUAGAGGUUGACAGAGCCAAGCACAUCUCUCCAUGUCACAGAGGAGAUACCACUUCAGAAGAAGGGAGGUGGGACAGAGUUCGCUAGUUCCAUUCCUCGCUGUAUUUAUCCCCUCAGUGUAAAUCCACUCUGGUAAAGCUAACCUCAGACUCUGCCCUCCACUACCUGGUCCUGUGAAGGCUCUUCCCCACUGUAAAUAAACACUGGUCCUGUCGAUGGCGUGAGCCAGUUGUUUGUAUAGUACGGACCACGUCCAGCAUUUUCAAAUUAAAAGUCCUCUCCACAAGGCGUGGCUUACUACUGGAAUGUGUUGCAUUUGUUUUUCAAGAAAAAUAUGAAAACCACACGAGAAAAAAAAGAUCUCUGAAAUGUUCUUCUACAGUUUGUGUUGCAAUGUAGUAACUAAACACCAUGAAGGUCAACUAACUCUUCAGUGUAAAUAAAUAAAGUUUCUAACUUUAGACGAUGAGGAAACAGUGACACACAUAGACUAGUUAACUUGUGAUAUGUGUUGCGCAUAUUUUUGUGUUCAUUUUCACUCUCUCCAUUUUACCACCCUGUAAAGAAACGAAACAAAAAAAGUAUAUUGAAAAAAUGUUUCUAUCCUUCUGUAACCUCUAUGUUUUUUUUCUGUGACUCAUAUCGCGCAUUUGUGCAGGAAUGCCUCUCUCUCUGUCCAUAUGAACAAAUUAUUAUAAAUAUUAUAUAUGUGUGUACGUCCGUCUGCUGCUGAAUUAAUCCUCUCCCGUGCUGUGGCCUGAUAUCUUUCUUAUGAAACUCUUAGACCCCCCCCCUAAUCUCUUAUUUGUUAUGCUAAUAUUUAUAUUGCUGUUUUAUUUUCUCUUGAACACUGACGUUUCAAAUAAAAGGUUCUGAAAUCAUUAAA